AUGGGAGAUUCAUCAUAUAAUAAUACAUUCUUCACUGUGUUGCUGAUUCUUUCUUUACUACUACUAUUCACAACAAACUCCGAAUCGACGGUCUUCAACGUUCUUGAUUACGGCGCAGUCGGAAAUGGACUAACUGAUGAUACAAAUGCAUUUGCAAAUGCAUGGAAAGCUACGUGCGCAUCUUCUUCGUCUUCGUCUCCGAUGAUGCAUGUUCCUUCUGGCAAGACUUUUUUUGUCCAGCCAUUGGAAUUCGACGGUCCGUGCGAAUCCGACACUAUUAUUGUUGAGAUAGAAGGGAAUUUUGUGGCGCCUAGUGAUCCGUCGAGCUGGGAUUGCGGAAAAAAUGAUUGCGAGAAUUGGAUUUCUUUCCGUAGAGUCGAUGGUCUUAGGGUUAGUGGGCAUGGCAGCUUCGAUGGCCGUGGACAAAAAUGGUGGGAUGGAAAGACUCUGGAGAUUGCAAGCUCGGACGAUGUUCGAUUAGGAGAUGGUCUGAGAUUUAAGGACAGUCCUAGGGUUCACCUUGUUCUUAACUCUUUACGAAACGCUUAUGUGUCGCACGUAUCUAUAGAAGCUCCCGAAAGUAGCCCUAACACCGAUGGCAUUCGUGUUUCCAGCUGCACUAAUGUUCAUAUUGACCAUACUCGAAUCGGGACUGAUUUUAUUGACAUUAGGGGAUGA